AUUAUAAUAUCAUUUAGAUUUCUGUUCGACCGGUCUUCGGUGAUUUAUGACAUAAUGCUCGUGGUGUGUAUUGUGAAAAAUACAUCGUGUUUGUCGAGUCAAAACGGAUGAUCCGCUCCAUGUUUUACAACACCCCGCCAGCUUUAAGGGAACGGCAAGCAAAACAAACAGGUCGACAGAAGAAAGAUAUCGGUUGCCGGUCGGUUGUUCGGUCGGUCGGACAGAGAGGAUAUUAAGCGUAGGACAUUUGCAUAUUGUAACUGAUUAUUGGUUCGGUGUCCUGAACAUGCGCGUUCAAGCCAGCUGAAAGAUGUGGAUGCGGUUCAUAUCUUUGGUGAUGAUGUUGUCGUAUUAUUCGCAUGAACGGCCCAUGAUGACGGUCGGUCCGGUUAUGUUUUGUCAACGUGACAUUUCUUUUUUUUAAAGCGGCUUGGCUGUGCAACGAUCGAAGUACUUAUAUUUGGGCAUUUCAUUGUUAUAUCAACUAUGCAUACGCGGCGGCUGGUGAAGCGCUCGGUCAUUGGGAGCCGCGUGUACGCGCCGGGUUUAACGGGAGACGCGGCUCCGCUCACGGGAGUGAUCCAGGCUGUCAAACAAGACAACAGAGAUGCUUCAACCGGCCAUCGGCGUAACGUGUAUACGGUGCUCAUGCAAGACGGGAGCUUGAAAGAGUACUCGGAGGAAGAGAUUGCACAAAUGACUGCGAAAGCACCGCUGAAGUCGAGCUUGAAGAGCACCUGUAAUGGUGGCCAGCGGGACUGGCCCACGCAGGGCCAGAAUGGAGGUGUGCCGAGAGGUGAGGCGCCCCCCCUCAGCCCGGAGAGCAUAGAGGAGCCACGGGUGCUGGAGCACAAGCGAACGGGCCGGGCUCUGGAGCCGGAGAAGGAUCACACCCGCUCCAUUUCUCUGCUGGAACAGAAACGCAAGGUGGUCUCUUCCAGCAUCGACGUACCACAAGCCAGGAAAUCCGAGGAGGAGGUGGACAUGGACAAAGUGACGGCAGCCAUGGUGUUGACCAGCCUGUCCACUAGUCCUCUGGUGCGGAGCCCUCCAGUAAAAGUUAGCGAGGGUCUAAAUGGCUCCUGGAAGGACGGAAGUUUCACUCCAUCAAGCUACAGCAGCAGUGGAUACUGGAGCUGGAGCGCGCCCAGUGAUCAGUCCAACCCGUCCACGCCAUCCCCGCCCCUGUCCGCUGACAGCUUCAAACCCUUUCGGAUGCCCAGCCACAACGGCCCGACAGACGACAACAUCGAUGAGCAUGACGGCAACAGCUUGCUGUUCGACGAACCCAUCCCCCGCAAACGCAAGAACUCCAUGAAGGUGAUGUUCAAGUGUCUGUGGAAGAACUGCGGAAAGGUCUUGAGCACAGCCGCCGGGAUCCAGAGGCACAUUCGAACCGUCCACUUGGGGAGGAAUUGUGACUCCGAGUGUAGUGACGGUGAGGAGGAUUUCUACUACACCGAGAUUAAGCUGAACACAGACUCGGUGGCGGACGGUUUGAGCAGUCUGUCUCCUGUGUCCCCGUCUGUUCUGUCUCCCCCGCCGGGUUUGGACCAGAGACAGCCGGAUGGCACUAACGGGGUGAAGAAUGAGAACAGCACCACCACCCCUCUUAGUCGCUCCGCUCCAAGCGCACUCUACCUAGUGCACACAGACCACGCCUACCAGGCCACAGCCCCUGUUACCAUCCCCUCCACCACCUCCACUGGCUUCACCCCCUCCAGCAGCAGUUUCAGUAUCUCCUGGCAGUCCCCACCUGUCACUUUCACUGGCACCUCUGCGUCUCCCACUCACAGCCAAACGCAGGGCUUUGGGGAGCAGCGCUCUCAGACCAUCGCAGUGCUCUCGUCUCCCCCUAGAGCUGCAGGCUCACUCAGUAGGAAGUCACGAGGCGAGGGGAAGAAGUGUCGUAAGGUUUACGGCAUGGAAAACAGAGACAUGUGGUGCACGGCCUGCCGCUGGAAGAAAGCCUGCCAGAGAUUUGUUGACUGAAGCAGCUGAUGGCUGAGCCACGAAAAACAGGGUGGGCUUCCUUUUGCAUGCAUAGCAUAAUGAAACAUGUCCCUUCUCUUUGUUACUGACCACAGACCCACCCUGCCUCACCUUAAACCUAUGUGGACUUCAGGGGUCAAACCCUUUUGCAUUUCCUCCAAAACCAACAGACGCACUCAAGGCGAGUGCCUUAAAAAAAGAAAGAAAGAAAAAAAAACGACUUGUGAUCCAUCUCUUUUUGUUUGUGUUCGAUAGACUACUUAAAAAACAUUCUUGUCAGUUCUCAAAGGACCAGUUAAGGCAAGGCCAGCCUCUGUCCAAGCUCUUUUUAAAAGAGAAGAAAGCUCUCUUUCAGACUUUGUGAGAGUGCUAUAAAACAGAACCUGAGAAAGUGUUUCUUUUUCCGCAUUUCUCCUGCCUAUCUUACUAAAGGUUAAGGGUUGGACAUCCAGAAAACCCUGUCUCUUUAAGAAUGUACCACAAUUGGGUUUAGUUUUGGGAUGUUGACUGGACAACUCUCUUGAAUUCAUCAAUGCAAAAAAAAAGAAAAAAAAGUUUGGGACGAGGACUUUCAGCCGUGCUGUCACAAGCAAUUGCACCUACAAAGGACGGAUUUUAUAUCUCUGGUUUUAUAUUUGCGUUUACCAAUAGGACAUUUCUUUCAGGGAUGCGAUCAGUAAAAGCAAAACCAGCAGUUAGAUUUAACAGCAGAGAACUCUGUGAUUUUUGUCACAGGCUACCAAAAAGGGUUUUUACGUGCCAUUUUCUUUCCUUUUUUCCUCUUCUUCUUGUGUAACUUCAAUUGAAUGAAGUACAAAGAUUGCAAUCAUUCAAAUCCGACAGCACAGACUUGCAUCGAAGUUAGCAGUGGCAAGAACCAGCCAUUCAGGCAACAUAACACAACCUCUCCUUCCCAUCGGACUCCAUCAGCAGGAAUGAACUGCAUUCAUAUUAGAGCCAUAAAUGAGCCCGCGGUGGUCUCGCACCACUGUCUGUUCCCUAGUGAGGCUUGACCAACAUGCCUGACUGAGUAAAGAGUAUCAAAACUCUGCAAAGUGGUUAAUUUUACCUCUGGAAGGUGUAGAGCUGUUUUCCUCUCACCUUUUUCCUGACCUCACAGGUUCAAGUAGGAAGUAAUAAUGCCACAUCUACUCCAGCACUGGAGCUCAUGCUGGAAGCACUCAGAUGUGAUGGUGUUAUUCCACUGUAAUUGGUACAGUAUCUUGCAACAUGGCAGAAUGCUGGUUGCGGGAGGACGGACUUCUUUUCACAAGAUGACCAGGAUAGAACUUGAUCACUUAGUUUGGCUUUCGAAGAAUACGGCAAUUUGUUUUGGUGGCUCUGAUACAGUCUAACAUGAUAUAAUCUACAUAACAUCAACACAAGCUAGUUAACUCAUCAUAUGCAUGCAAACAGUGUUAAUUGUGAUCAGCACAAUUGUCUGUUUCUGUUUUGUUCAUCACAUGGUUCCCCUCUUACAUACUGUGGAUAUGUGUAUAUAGAUAAGGUAUACAGUAUUCAGUUCUCCAAAACAAACUGUUUUACGCCCAGAGUAAUGCUUGGUGUUUAAGGCUUUGCUCACACUGCACAUAAAUCCGAUUUGGUUUCAAAUCCAAUUUCAAGUUAGCUCCAUUUGUUCACUGGUUGCUUUAGGAAUGAUCAGGAUGACGACAAGAGACUCAAAAACAUCUUAAAGUAUGGUAGAGUACUUGGAAAAGCUACUUGAAAUCUUAUUUGUUUGUUUACACUGAGAUGCAUUCAAUCUGAUUUCACACCUGAUUUACAAAACUAAAAAAAUUCAAUGGAUUGACCCGCCCAAUCAGAUUUUUGCUGCUUAUCUGAGUAAAGCAAGAACAUUUUGAAUGUGAAUCUAUAAUUAAUAUCAAUUUGCAUUUAAAUAUUUAAAUAGCAUCUCCAAAACAACAACACUUUAAAACUGCCAUUGGUUUCAUGGGAUUUGAGUCUUGUUUAUAGAGUUCAUGUUUAUCAAACAAGAUAUACAUGAUGGUUGACACAUGCAUGGAAACGGUCUCGAGGUUCUUGCGUCUUUCCGUACGAGGCAACCUGUUUUUGAAACCACACACCAGCACCUAAAGGCUCUAGCACUCCAAUUCGACUCCAAUACCCGUCAAAACACUUUGUGAUCUUAUGCCAGAGAUGAAGACGAGUUUUAAUAAUUAAUAGCUGCAUAUUUUGGCCCCUCAGCUGGUGUGAGGAACAUCUCAGAGGCUUCUGCCCGUCCCUCCAUUCCCUUCCUGGUGCUAUAAUAGACCAAA